ACAAAGUCAGAAGCCCAACCCCAAAAAAUAGAAAUCCACAGCCCAUUUACAUCCCCUCCUCAUAUAAAAUACGAUUCGCACCACUGCGAAACCCUAACAGCAGCAGUAUCCGGUUCAUCUCAUCUCAGCUCAGCUCAGCUCAGUAUCCGGUUCAGGAAAAUGGUGUCCGGUUCAGGGAUCUCAGCUAAGCGUAUAGUGGUGGACGCUCGUCACCACAUGCUAGGAAGACUCUCAUCAAUUUUAGCGAAGGAAUUACUCAAUGGACAACGUGUAGUUGUUGUUAGAUGUGAAGAAAUUUGCUUAUCAGGUGGACUUGUUAGGCAGAAAAUGAAGUAUUUGAGGUUUCUGAGGAAGAGAAUGAAUACUAAACCUUCUCAUGGUCCUAUUCACUUUCGUGCUCCUUCUAAAAUCCUGUGGCGUACUAUUCGUGGGAUGAUUCCCCACAAAACCAAACGUGGAGCUGCUGCACUUGCCCGUUUGAAGGUUUUUGAGGGUGUUCCUCCCCCAUAUGACAAGGUCAAGAGGAUGGUCAUUCCCGAUGCACUAAAGGUAUUGAGGCUUCAGGCUGGACACAAAUACUGUCUCUUGGGCAAGCUUUCAUCAGAGGUCGGAUGGAACCAUUAUGAUACUAUCAAGGAACUUGAGAACAAGAGAAAGGAGAGAGCUCAAGUUACAUACGAGAGGAGAAAGCAGUUGGCAAAACUUAGGGUGAAGGCAGAGAAAGCUGCUGAGGAGAAGCUUGGUCCUCAACUCGCCAUUAUUGCUCCGAUCAAGUACUGAAGUCGAAGUAUAGUUUGUUUCAAGUAAAAUUUUGAUGGAGGUUGAUGUUUUGGCAUUAGUGUUUGUUCCUUGUUAGAGUACUCGGUUUGCAGUUUUAGCAAUAUUUUCAUCAUUUGAGUAUACUCUUCUCUGGUUUCCGUGUAUUUCUUUGCGACAACAUGUGGAAAGAUUUUUGCCAAAUGAAUCUUAACAUGAAGCGACGUAUAAUUAAAGAA